AUGUCGAUGGCACGACAAAAAGUCAGCGCAGCAUGUGAGAACUGUCGGCGGCGAAAGGUUAAAUGUGAUGCACAAAAGCCCGCCUGCCGUCCAUGUAUCAUUCGAGGAGAGUCCCAUUGUAACUACAGUAGAGAUAAACCGGCUCGAAGAAGACAGUAUACCCUGCUGCCACAACGCUUUCCGCAUCCAGAUGGGCGGAAUAGAAAUGAUGUUGCGGAAGGGUCGUCAUUGCUUUUGUCUCUAGCUGCGAAUUCUGACUCUGUGGAUCGGCCACGAUCUGUCCAAGCGUCACCGAUGGCUAGCGCUUCAACUGGCACUGCGUCUACAUUGCCCAUCACGGUUGACGCUUUGCUACCCGAGCCAAUUGAUGACAAUGCACCGCAGAGUGCCGAUGCUAUGACAGGCGUUGGCAAGGACCCUUUGGCGAGCGUGGAAUUCUUCGGUGGUAGCAGUGCUGCCUCUUUCGCGGCUCAAAUCAACUCCGCUGUCGAUUCACGUCUCGGGAAAAACCAGACACAGUCGUCUAUAGAGGUUACUAAUAAAGCUAGCGAUGAGGCUGGGGCCAGCCAAAACGGUGCAGCAACAUUACAUCCAGACUACAUGAACUUUCCGGCAUUUGCCCUUCCUCUUCGAACCUUCUCGGAUCGUCUUCUACAGGACUACUACGACUUGGUUUGGGUCAUUCUCCCCAUCCACGACUGGGCGGUCUUUAAACACGAUUAUGAUGCCAUCUGGAUUGGUUCUGAAACCAAGAUACACGUCAAGCCUCUACACUGCAUGAUUAACAUGGCGCUCGCGCUGGGCACUCAAUUUUCCCAAGUUGUUCAGCCAGACAAAAGAAGAGAACUAGGUCAAACAUUUUGGGAAAGAGCCCUUGUACUAUUCGAUCCUAGAAUCCAACAGAGGGCUUCUCUGCAAGGACUGCAAUGUCUACUGCUUAUGGGUCUAUUUCUACAGAGCACUCAUCAAUCCCACCAGUGUUGGAUGGUUGUUGGCUCUGCUGUUCGUAUGGCCCAAAGUCUAGGGCUACACUUGUCUAGAACGACGACCUCGGCAGAAAAUAUCCGGGACAGGGAGAUGCUGCGUAGGACAUGGCACGGAUGUGUCUUUAUGGACCGGGUUAUGUCUAUGACAUUUGGAAGACCGAGCAUGAUUGCAAACUGGCUCUACGAUGCCGUACCGCUCCCCAGCAUGAUUGAUGAUGACUUCUUGGAUUCCCAAAUCGAGCCAUCCGUAAUGCGGCCAGAUGGUGGUACGCCAACGAUUGCUUUCUUCAUCAAGUCCGUGGAACUGUAUAGCAUAGUGAACGACUGUCUUCUUGAACACUACAUGCAGCAGCCAGAAAAAGCUGGCCAGAGUAUGGAACAGAUCAUUUCUGUCAUUCAGUUUGAUGACAGGCUGGUGCAUUGGAUGCGUUCAAUGCCAGAAGGUCUUCGAUACCCGUCUUCAGUCAAUGCGAACUACGCGCUUCAGAGGCAACGGAUCGUCCUCCGUUCCCGGUAUCUUCAUGCUCGAAUCGUUGUCCUCCGCCCAAUACUCACAGAAUCUUGCUUGAAGCAGGUGAGGCCCGAUGACAGUCGCCAGUCUGCACUAAGAGAUCAAUUUCUUUCUGAAAACUUGAUUGGCCACUGUUCGAAUGUUUGCUUCGAAUCCGCCCGCGAGAUCAUCCAAAUCAUUUAUUCAAACUUGGACCUGGAAACGGUAACCGGCCCUGUCCCAGCUUGGUGGUUUGCAGUCUUGUUGCUCCUCGCCGAGCGUCUCGGUCAGCUCAUCUUGAAUGAUUCCAACGUGGAGCCAUGGUCAGCUGAGCCAACUUGGGAUCAGGCAAUCCAGUUACUCAAGGCAUACUCCAAAGUCGGGGAAUCUGCCAAACGUUGUGUAGUGGCCUUGGAAAUUCUACUCUCAAAGAUUCAAGGUUGUCGCGGUCUGACGAGAAUGCCAUCUGAAGCGAACGCUAGGGAGCCGUCUGAGCCCAUGUUCCCUAGCGGGGGACAGAACUCAAACCUACUCACCAACAACAGCUUUGGGCCAAUCAUGGACUUGGAUGUUUUGAACCUGGAGAUUGAUGAUAUGCUUUGGCUGAACACUUCAGCUGCAGAAAUCUUGUUCUAA